AUGGGGAGGGCUAAAUCUCAGGACAGAGCCAUAUGCCAAGGAUACGCAAUUGGAAUGGCGGCUUGGGCACCAGGAGUUGAGCUCUUGAAACAAAUUUUGAAUGCCGGUGCAGAUGUGAAUCAAUCCCUGGAGAGUGAAUAUUGGCCAAGCGUGCUUGCAAUCAAAAUUGACCUUCAAGAGGUUGAGAGUAUCGAAUUCCUAGUCCAGGAAGCAGGGGCAGCUCCGGAUAUGACUUUCAAAAUCGGUCCCUGUGGUAGCCCUCUCGUGGUAGCAUGUCUCGCUGAUUGCAUUGUUGAUAUUCAAUAUAGGAUUAUGGAGUCUCUAUUGAAUGGAGGUGCAGACAUGAACAUGCCACUAGAGUAUGGAAGGUUUGGCAGUGCCUUGGCGGCUGGAGUAUGGCGCUAUUACGCAGCCGGUGCUGAUGUGAACAUGUUCCUCGAAAAUCGCGACUUCAGUACUGCGAUUACAUUUUCUGUAGCAGUACCACGAUUUGAACGGCCUAGACGUGAAAUUAUGGCACUUCUGGUCAAAGCCGGUGCUGAAUUGAAUCCCAAGGGCUCUGUUAGAAGGUAUGGUGGAGCGCUUAUGGCUGCUUCAUGCUUUGGUCAAGAGGAAAAAGUCCAAUUUCUGAUUGAUGCUGGGGCCGAUGUGAACCAGAGGUUUGAGGGUAUCCCUUAUGCUACUGCUUUGCAGGCAGCCCAAGCAGAUUUUUCAGAGAAAGAUUGGGAGUGGGUUCUUUAUUUCAUUGAUAAUUUUGGUUAUUGCGACUGGAAUGGAGAUUUUAUAUGGCUGGAAGAGGAUGAGCUCAAGCCAUUUUUUAAGAGGCGGAAAGAUCGCAUUGCAUGCUUACUGAAGGAGAAUGGCGCAAUAGCUUGCUUUUUCAGGUGUCCCACUGGCUGA